CUUCCGCCACGUCUUUUACCCUUCCAAUUCCUUAUAUAUAUAGUCAUAGACUGCCACCGAGAGCUCAACUCAACUAUCUUAUCCAAUUUCACUUGGUUUCAGCUAUACAUAUACACGGCCUUAAUCUCCUUCAAUUCUGAAUUCACUUCAUCUCUUAUUUUCAUCAUGAACUCCUCCAAGCUUUCACCUUCAUCUUCACCCAAAUCAGCUCUAACGAGAUUGCGUCGCAAACUAUCCCCAAGGAGAAGCGACAGCCGGUCUCUUUGUCCUUCUUCUUCUUCUUCAACUAAUUACGCUACUAACGCCACCGAAAUUCAAAGGGUCUUCAACUACUUCGACGAGAAUGGAGAUGGGAAGAUAUCUCCGCAUGAGUUGCAGAGCUGCGUGAGGACGUUGGGAGGGGACCUUUCUACUGAGGACGCGGAGCUUGCCGUCGGCUCAUCUGAUACGGACGGAGAUGGGUUGUUAGGAUUCGAGGAUUUCCAAAGGCUGAUGGAGAGUUGCACCUCCGAGGAGGGUAAGAAGGAAGAGCUUAAGCAGGCUUUUGGGAUGUACGAAACGGAGCCUGGCUCUGGAAUCAUUAACCCUAACAGCUUGAAGAGAAUGCUGAGUCGACUGGGCCAGUCAAGGUCUCUUGAUGAUUGCAAGGCCAUGAUUCGUACUUUUGACCUGAACGGAGAUGGCGUCCUUAGCUUCCACGAGUUUGCUGUCAUGAUGCGCUGAUUCCUGACGCUCCACAUAUAUGGACUCUGCUUCUUCCUUUUUAUUUAUUUAUUUUUCUGUAUAGUUAAUAAUGUUUCCUUCUAAAUUCAUUAAUCCAAAGUUUCAAUGGAAUCAUCUUCUCUCGACUCUAUCACCUAAGCAACAAGAAAAGGACUGAAAUACAUAAACAUCUGUUCUGUCA